CCCCCCGCUCCAGGCUCCUUCCUGAGGGGAGCCACCGUGGAGACGGGGCUCAGCCAGCCGUGCCACCGUGCCAGCCGUGCCAGCCGCCCGUCCCUGCGGCUCCUGAGGAAAGGGUCCCUGGGUGCCACAGUGCAGGAUGGAGCCCACGGCCGUGCUGCUGGCCCUGCUCCCCACGGCAGCCACGCAGCCCACCCCGCAGCCCACCCCACAGCCCACCCCGCCCCCAGGCUGUGGCCACGGCCUCUCCUCCCUCUACUACAACCUCUGCGACCUCUCGGCGGGCUGGGGCAUCGCGGUGGAGGCUGUGGCCAGUCUCGGCGUGGUGACCACCUUCGUGCUCACCAUCGUGCUGGUGGCCAGCCUGCCCUUCGUGCAGGACCCGCAGAAGAAGAGCCUGGUGGCCACGCAGGUGUUCUUCCUCCUGGGCACCUUCGGGUUGUUCUGCCUGACCUUUGACUUCGUCGUGGGGCCGGAUUUCUCCACCUGCACCUCCCGCCGCUUCCUCUUCGGUGUCCUCUUCGGGAUCUGCUUCUCCUGCCUGCUGGCGCACGCCAUGGCCCUCAACUUCCUGGCGCGGCGGAACCGUGCGCCGCGGGGCUGGGUGACACUGGCAGUGGCCCUGUCCCUCGCCUCGGUGGAGGUCAUCAUCAACGCCGAGUGGCUGCUCAUCACGGUGGCGCGGCGGGAGGGCCCCCCGGACCCCUGUCAGCUGGCGGACGCCGACUUCGUCAUGGCGCUCAUCUACGUCAUGUUCCUGCUGGCGGCCGCCUUCGGCGCGGCCUGGCCGGCCCUCUGCGGCCGCUACGGCCGCUGGCACAAGCACGGCGCCUUCAUCCUGGCCACCACCGGCCUCUCCGUGGCCAUCUGGUUGGUGUGGACCGUCAUGUACCUCUACGGGAACCGGCGCGCCGGCCACAAGCCGGGCUGGGAUGACCCCACGUUGGCCAUCGCGCUGGUCAGCAACGCCUGCGCCUUCCUCCUGCUCUACGUCAUCCCCGAGGUGACGCACGUGACGCGGCGCAGCCCCGAGCAGGCCUUCGAGGACGACGGCUACCCAACGCGCGGGGUGGGCUACGAGACCAUCCUGAAGGAGCAGAAGUCCCAGAGCAUGUUCGUGGAGAACAAAGCCUUCUCCAUGGACGAGCCCUCCUUCGCCAAGAAACCGGUGUCCCCGUACAGCGGCUACAACGGGCAGCUGCUGACCAGCGUGUACCAGCCCACCGAGAUGGCUCUGAUGCACAAGGGCAUGAGUGAAGGUCCCUAUGACGUGAUCCUGCCCCGCGCCUCCACCAGCCCGGCACCCGGCAGUGCCAGCUCCACGCUCCGAGCUGAGGACGCCUUCGCGGCACAGGCCCGGCACAUCGGCACCCCACGGGACACCCGGAGCUUCCAGGUGCAGUCCCCGUACAGCAGGAACCGGUGGUGAAGCCCCCGUGGCACAGGUCCCGCAGCACUGGCACAGCCGCGGCCCCUCCAUCCUGCUCCCGAGGUCUCGCCAAGCCUCAUCCUGCCCUCACACGUGAAUCCCACCCCGGCCAGCAGCCAGAGCCAGUUCCUGCCAACGGGAUGCCCGGAUACGGCCCCAGAGCCAGCGCUCCCACCUGCCCGUCCCACCUGGCCUUGGCACCCGCAAGCCGCCCGCUCUGCCCGGACCCCACGGCCUGCCUCAAGGA